UCCAAUAUUCCCUUCUAUAUCUCCCUCUCUUGCAUCUCUUGCCUUGCCUAGUAUUAUUUCUUGCCCUGUUGACCACACUUGUUCACGUAAGACACACAACACGCCCACAUUCCUUCACUGGUGCCUUGUUUUGUAUCAAAAUACUGAGUGAUAAAUAAUGCUAGGAGAAAGUACAGUUAAUCCCGACGGAGAAUUCAAGAUCAGUUUUGGUUAUCAAUGCAACGCCCAUAAAGGUUGCUCUUGCCUGGUUCCUAAUGAGAUUGAAAACCUUCCAGGAAAAUUCCCUAGGAAUAGCAGCUUCUCUCGCUUGUCCGGUGCUGCCUUAAGUGCGAAUGCCACUUUGGCCAACACAAAUAUCUGCAAUGGUGUAAUAAGGGAAGAAAUACUUCCCAGCUGGGAUUCCCCUAAUUCAUUUCGCAGGAUUCUUUCUUCACCUACUCUUUCAAGGUUGGAUGUAUUAUCGUCUUCUCUUCAAAGCAGUAUGUCAAACCUGAGUUGCAGUCCAUCCACCCCUAGUCCACCUGAAUAUGAUUCUUCUUCAUUAAGAUCCAUGAGUUCUCCUUCUAGAAAUGAAGGUUUUCUUAAUGCAAUGGAAGUUCAAGUUGCAGGUGGAGCUGCUGGUGAAGACAGGGUUCAAGCUGUCUGCUGUGAAGAAAAUGGUUGGCUUUUUUGCGCAAUCUUUGAUGGUUUCAAUGGAAGAGAUGCAGCUGAUUUCCUGGCUGGCACGUUAUAUGAGAACAUCAUACAUCAGACUAACUUGUUAGACUGUGAAUUGAAGAAGGAUGGUACUGGAGCUUCAAAUGGUUUCUAUCCGCAUGGGCCCUUUCAAUAUGCUUCUGAGGGAGCUAGGAAUGGUCACCUGGAGAAACCACCAGCGGGAACUUUUAAUACGAAAAAUUCAAGCAUCGACAACUCCACUAAGAAUGGCCCGUUUCCUGAUUCACCUGAUUCAUUUAGACACAGGAUGCUAGACAGCCUUCAGCGUGCUGUUAGUCAGGCCGAGAAGGAUUUCUUGUACAUGGUGGAGCAGGAAAUGGAGGAUCGCCCUGAUCUAGUCUCUGUUGGUUCUUGUGUCUUGGUUGGCCUUCUUCAUGGGAUGGAUUUGUAUACUCUUAAUCUGGGUGAUAGCAGAGCUGUAUUGGCAACAUACGAUGAGGAGGACAGUGAGAUAAAGGGCUGCGGACGACUAAAAGCUAUCCAGCUCACUGACUGUCACACUGUCGACAAUGAACUUGAAAGAACUAGAGUGUUGUCUGAUCAUCCGGAUGACCCGGCAGUGAUUGCAGGUGGAAAAGUUAAGGGAAAAUUGAAGGUCACUCGAGCUUUGGGAGUUGGAUACUUGAAAAAAAAAAACCUAAACGAUGCACUGAUGGGUAUUCUUCGAGUUCGUAAUCUCAUAAGCCCUCCAUACAUUUCUAUUGAACCAUCGCUGAAUUUGCAUAGAAUAUCAAAAUCGGAUCACUUUGUUAUCGUUGGCAGCGAUGGUUUGUUUGAUUUCUUCAGUAAUGACGAGGCAGUAAUGCUUGUCCAUUCUUACAUCCUGAGCAACCCCAAUGGUGAUCCAGCAAAGUUUCUGUUGGAGCAGCUUGUAGGCAGAGCUGCUGAUUGUGCAGGUUUCAGCUUGGAAGAAUUGAUGAAUAUCCCAGCUGGGAGGAGGAGAAAAUAUCAUGAUGAUGUGACUUUAAUUGUGAUUAUACUUGGAGCAAACCAGCGCACCUCCAAGGCAUCAACUUGGGUGUGAGUCUGUUUUCUUUCUUGCAAUAGUAUUUGGUUGUCUCUACUCUCUAGUUACAGGUUUCAAAUUGUACAUAGCUGACACCAGACCAUGUUGAUCUCUGGGAAAUUUGAUCAUCUUCCAACUUUUUGUUUAGUAUCUUAAUUAGCAUGAGUGUUUUCCUUUCUUCUUAA